AUGGUUUUUACUCAAAAUGAAAUUCCUGCUCACAAUUUUGAUGGUCAACCUCUUUUAUCUGCACCUGAUCGGCCUGUUACUUCACCAGAUGGAAAUGGCGGUAUUUAUCAAGCAAUUUCGCCAAAGCUUCCAGAACUUGAAGAAAUGGGAAUUGAAUACUUUCAUGUUUAUUGUGUUGACAAUAUUCUCUGUCGUGUUCCAGAUUUACAUAUGAUUGGCUUUGCUGUUGAUAAAAAGGCUGAUUGUGUUUUGAAGGUAAUCGAGAAGAAGGAUCCAUCAGAAAAAGUUGGCCAUGUCUGCGUUGAAGAUGGAAAAAUUAAAGUAUUGGAAUAUUCAGAAAUCCCAAAAGAACUUGCUAAAAAGCGUGAUUCAAAAUUUCCGGAGAAAUUGUUCUUCCGUGCUGGGAAUAUUGCCAAUCACUUUUUUACUCUCGACUUUCUUAAAAAAGCUUGUUUGGAAUUUGAUUCUCUGCCUUAUCAUGAAGCACGCAAGCGAAUACCUUAUUGGGAUCCUGUUACUGGAAAAAACGUUCAACCAACUAGUGAGAAUGGCAUAAAGAAGGAACGUUUUAUUUUUGAUGCUUUUAUUCAUUCAAAAAAUUUUAUGGUCUGGCAAGUACCCCGUGAAGAAGAAUUCAGUCCAUUGAAGAAUCCAGACUCUGCAGGUGCUGAUUGUCUCUCAACUUGUAUUCGUGACUUUACCUCUGUUAAUGGAAAUGUGAUUAGAGAAAUGGUUAAAGAAUUUUGUUAGAAGGAAUGAACAGAUUUUAAUUAAUGGUUGUUUUUUAGUAUUUAUUUGAUUUUUAAAUUUCUAUUUAUUACGGGAAUAAGUUAUCAGCUUUUCACCUCACUUAGGACUUUCUUUAUGUUUUUCACGUUUUUCUACUUAUAUGUUGAUAUUAUAGGCUAUUUAUGCGACACGACACUUGUGACUCACUAUUGG